AAAUUUUAUUAUUUGACAAUUUUGAUAAUCAACAGUCCUCGCAACCCUAUACAAAAAUUGCUAAUUUUGUGUUGUCCGUGGAAAACAGUUGUAUUUGUCGUAUUUCUCAUACAAUUUCGGUGUAAAUUUCAUUCUUUGAUUGUCAGUCUUUCGCGGGAACUGGGGUCAGUGACAGAAAAGACCUCUCUCAGUACGAAGUAGUCAAGUGACGUUCACAGAUGGCAGCUGAAGUUUCACAAACAAAAGAUAACACGAAUUUGACGUUUCGCAGAGCGCGCGAAAUUAUCUGUCAGAUAUGAGAUGGAAAAAUUUUGGUUCUGGCUAAAUAUAAGAAAAAUGGAGUUGUUUCCUACUGUUUUGUUCUUAUGUUCACAUAGCUUUUACUCCACAACUUUGCAAACAAUGAAGAGCAAAAUAAUCUUGUUAAAUGUGGCAGAACUUUGGAAACAACCAUUCGUUAUGAAUUUAUUGAUUAACUUACAAAAAACUUUGGGUGGUGAUAGUGGCUUCACAGAACUUAGCGACGGAACAAAAUCUACACCAACUACACCAGAGAUCAAUCAUACAACAACCACUCCUCGUACAGAUUCCACAAGUGAAGACACUGGCUAUCCACCAGACACAGCAGAUGAAAAGGACGACGUGUCAUCGACCGUGUCGAAUUUGUCUGAGUUAUCUGGGCUUUCAGAGCUUUCAGGAGAGACAGAAGACGGACCGCAGUGGAGACCUGUGUCUGCGUGGGUUCAAAAACAAAUGCUGACAGGGGCUGAUCCUAGGGAUUUACUUCAUCAUCUCCUCAUGGAUUCUACACAGAUCCCUGAACAGGUUGAUGAUCUCACCUUAUGGAAGAUCAUUUUAAAUAUGAUGUCAGAACCGCCGAGAAGACAGAAACUUAGGCACGUAAAUACACUCACAGACGUGGUGAGGCUGAUUAAAGGUAGCCGAAAGAUAAUUGUUUUGACCGGAGCAGGUGUUAGUGUGAGCUGUGGCAUUCCCGACUUCAGGAGCAGAGAUGGCAUUUACUCUAGACUAGCACAGGAUUUCCCUGAUUUGCCUGAUCCACAAGCUAUGUUCGAUAUAAAUUACUUCGGGCAGGAUCCGCGACCGUUUUUUAAAUUCGCCCGCGAAAUAUAUCCCGGUCAAUUCAAACCCAGCCCCUGCCACAGGUUUAUCAAAAUGUUGGAUAAGUACAAGAAACUACUUAGAAAUUAUUCACAAAAUAUAGACACAUUGGAGCAGGUGGCCGGGAUCGAAAAUGUAAUCGAAUGUCACGGAUCCUUCGCAACCGCGUCAUGUACAAGAUGUAAAUAUCAAGUUAGAGCAGAUGAUAUAAGAGAAGAAAUCUUUGCCCAAAAAAUUCCAAUGUGUCCAAAGUGUAAAGCAAAUACCUUACCUUCCAUUACAGAAAUAGAUCCGAAUGAUAAUUACAGAGAUCUAGUCACCCAGGGUAUAAUGAAGCCAGACAUUGUAUUUUUUGGAGAAGGCCUCCCAGACGUAUUCCACGAUGCAAUGGCAAAGGACAAAGAUGAUUGUGACUUACUGAUCGUGAUCGGUUCGUCCUUAAAAGUACGACCGGUAGCACUGAUCCCAUCUUCCAUUCCCUCACAUGUACCCCAAAUUCUCAUAAAUCGCGAACCGCUUCCACAUUUAAAGUUUGACGUAGAAUUACUCGGCGACAGUGAUGUCAUCAUCAAUCAGCUAUGUCAUUUAAUGGGGGACAAUUACAGUGAAGUGUGCUGGCAAGACAAUCUUUUAAAAGAAGCUGCACAACUUUUACCAUCUCGUUAUACAGCCGACGACUCCUGGGAGCAGAGCCAAGAUAACACAACUAAUCAUGAAUUUUCCCAAGACGGCGUUGUGCUCGAUUUGAAACCGCAUCAUGUGUCGUCUGAAAGUCAAGACAGCCUAAUGAUCAAUGCUAAUACAACACCGAAACACCCCGAAAAUACAGAUAUCUGUAUCUCACCCUUUCAUGCGGGUCAUAUGGAAAAUCCGGACGGGUUUACUCUGCUUGGUGAAAGUCCUAAACGUAGAUUAGGUGAUUCUAGUGUCGAGAGUAGCCCUAAGAGAAUGAACUUUGGGAGUAAUUCUCAUUCGGAAUUUAGUGAAUCGCUACGGCCAUCUGAAAGUGUCAAUUCCAGUAAACGAGAGUUGGCCUCGCGUAACGAUCGGUUGAUAUCGGUUGAAUCGACCUCGGAAAAUAAUGGACAGAUUUUAAAUUUGGAAGAAUGCCACGUUGUUCCAAGACUCUUGAACUCAAGUUCUUCCACCACAAGUGAAUCAGCCGGUGAAUCACCAGUUUCUACAGUUGCUUCCUCGGCUCCGUCUACGAAGAAUAAUUCAUCUGCAUCAAUCGAUCGUGAUAUUAUUGACUCUGACAGAAUAAACGUGAAGCCAAGACACGUGUCAAUUGAUUCCGCAAUGGAUUCCGGUAUGGGUGAUAGCUGUAAUAGCGUAGAUAGCUCGGAAGAAAAAACUGCUACUGAUUCCAAUGAGGAAGAAGACAUGAAACAAAAUGAUUUCGAAAGGCGCUGUUGGCAAGCUAAAAUUAAAGAGAGUCUCGCAUCACGUUUACCAGAAAAUUCAUACUACCAAGCAACAGCUGGAAGGUAUAUUUUUCCUGGAGCAGAGGUCUACUCCGAUCCAGAAGACUACGAUCAUUGUUCUCUUUCCGCUAAUUCCGACAGCUCUGAAAGUGACAGUGAUUCUUCAUCUGAUGACGGAGAAGAAACCUGUGCCGAUGAGGAGUUUUCGGAGGGCGCAGAUAUUGAUGGAGAGGAGGUUGACUGGGCAAGUACUCCAUCUAAAGAAAUUCAACGCUAGGUACGGACUGAUCCUAGACUGAAUAGUCAAUUUUUACUUCACCUACCUCGGCAUACUUGAUCAAAGGUGAAUUUACUUACUAGUGAGAAAAAUUUGGUCACAGUCUUAUGCAGAGCAGGGGUAUCACUGUUGAAAACAUUCUAUAGUUUUUCAAACUUCUUAAUGAUGGAGAAUUAUAGGCAGGACGCCGAUUUCUCAGGCCGGUCAUUGAAACUAGGUAUCAGGAAGACAUGUGUACGAAGAUUUGCCAAAUUGGAGUAUAGCGUAAAUUUAGUAUCUGGUCAAGUAAAUCUGAAUCAUUAACUUCUGUUCGUUAAUUAGGUAAUAGAAUGGCAACGAUUCCAUAUUUUAAAUCAUUACCCAGUUAAAGAUGGUAGCCCUUUCCCGGGUGGAGGAUACAAGAAAUGAAAAGCGUAGUUCGAUCCCAUAUGAUUAUCAGAAAUCGUGGAGAAGAUUAUGUUCUCAAAAAAUUCAGUUUGCAGUAUUUACAUUCGCGAAGAUCUAAUUCCACGUAUAUUAGGCUCUAUUUCUUUUAUUUCGUGAGACAUGUUCACACAAGAUAAAGUUCAAAAUCCAUCUGAGUUAACCAGACCCCGUUUAGUGUCAACAGAUCACCGAUCGAAUUGACAGUUACUAUGAUUUCUAGAAUUUUUUCAACGGCAAUCCAUUCGGUUGAAUAAUAAUUGCAUUAUUGAGUUCUUCGAACGUGGUGUUAGAUCCUUGCUGAACUGUAGCAAGAUAAAAUCUCACGCGAACCGCUCAUUGAGUAUGGCCGUGUCGGCAAGCGAGAUUUCAAGGGAUUGUAAGUUCGAUGUAUUUGAUGUUAGUCAUAAAUGUUGUUUAUUUAUCUAUGUGAAUAUCUGUAAAUAUCGGUUUGCUAACAUCUAUACUUCGUUUUGUUAAGAUAAUAUACAGAACAGUUACAGCAUAUUUUAUUUCCCGUUAGUUAUUUAAUCGCUGUAAAUAUAUCGGUUGAUUGCAUGUUAAUAAUAAAUAAUUCAUUCAAUAAUUUAAACGCUUCAAACUUCACGUAUUCUGUCAUCAUAAAAUAAUCUAUUUUACUAAUGGCAAAUAUGCAGUUAUUACAUACAUACGAUAUAAAUAUAGGUAUAGAUAUUAAGCUCAUUUAUAUGAAUACAAUGAUUAGUUAGAAAUAAAUGGAGCGAAAAAAACAAGGACAUAAAAUCAAGAAUAAUGUGUGCGAAUUGGUAAGAUUGUUACAUGGAGCUUUCGGAUAUAGAUUAUUAGUUAUUACUGUAGUAAUUAAUUAUUCAGUUAUGAAAAUCCUCACGAGUCCUGCUGAACGCUAAAAUUUAUCGAGAAAUUCGGUCUCAAUGUACAUUUAAUUCAACUAUCACGUAAAUAAUUUCUUUAAAAUUAUUAUAUUAUCAAAUACUUGAGAAUAACUGACUUUUAUGUCUAUAGAAAAUUUCUAAGCCGAUUUUUAUACGUCAGAGGUUAACAUUCAUACAUAUUUUAUAGAUAACAAUGUUAUUAAAAGACUUCUGAGCGUUUGUAUCUGUGAAACUUUGAAAUCGAUCUAAACUACAAGAGAACUUUGAUUUUCAGCCAUUAUCAAAAUACGACUGGACAACCGACUAUUUCGAUAUUUUGCUAUUCUCAUAGUAUGUGCUUUAUCAAUAAAUUCUCUCAUUCAACAUAAUGCGGAUUACGGCGAGUUGCAAUGGUGUUGGGAGAACGUGUUGAGCUCGCUAACAAUAAGUACGGUUUUCAGUUUAAUUGGAGCACGGGCGAAUGUACAAAGCAAUGUUAGAUAAUCCUUUCAUUGCGUGUUAUUUUUAUAAGAGUGAACGAACUUUAGCUUAGCAGUUUGAAUUAGUGAUAAAGGCGACAAUUUUGACAAAAUAUACUAUUACUAUUAACCCUAUCAACCAUUGUAACGUGUUUUCGUAAUAGUAAUUAUUUCGCGUUGUUAUAAAAUCUGUUGAAAUACUAAAAUUUACUACUUCGAAGAUUUCAUAUAAAACGCUAAUUAUUUUGUCACAAUUGUUGCAAAAAAAUAAGGUUUAUACAUACAUAAGAAACAAUGAGGUUGUGUGCAAGUAUAUUAUAAAUCAAAUAAGUAUAAUGUCAAAUACACAUACCUGUAUUCAUUAAUAACUAAUGAUAAAUAUAAUAAUAGUAAUAAUUACUAUAUUAACGCUAGUUAUAUUAAUAAUUGAUAGUAAAAUUCUUGGAAAUAUAAACACGGAAAUUAAAUUUUUUCAUGGGUUUAAAAAGAAGCGAGAUUAUUAGGUUUAAAAAUUGAGCUUCAACUAUCUGUUUAAUGCAUAGAGUGUACGUGAGGUGCUUUUGAUUUGCUGCACUUAUGUGAUUAAGAAGUUCAUUAUAAAGAAUCCGAGUACGUAUGUUUGUUGCCUACAUGAUAAAGUAACAAAGUGAAUUACCUAUUUAUUACAUCGGUAUUGGCGACUAGAUAAUGACUAACUAAAAAUUUUUUCUCGUAAAAGAAUUAAUAAAAUAUUUUAUACCAUUAGACGAAAGUUAUUUUACCGCUUUGUACAUAUAGCUUUAUUUAUCAUUUUGUUACUCGGUUUAACUUAGAUGGGAAAAAGAUCAAAUUUAGGUGUUACCUAUUUGAAACUUUUUUUUCUUCCUAUUUAUUAAAAUAGAAAAAAUUAUACAUGCAUAUAUAUAUAUAUCUAUAUUUAUAUAUGUAUAUAUAAUAUAUUAUAUAUAAAUAUAUCUGAAAUAGGUGUAAAUAAAAAACUGGAAGUAAUAGUGUUCUUGAAACUUCACAUUUUCGUUUUCAUUCUUUCAUAAACUUUGUUCCUUUAUAAUUAAAAUCGAUGUAUAUGACGUAUUGCUCAAAAUUAAUAUCCAAUUUCACGCUGUUUUAAGUUGUCAUUUCGUUUGUUUUUCCUUUUUUUUUUUUUUUUGUCGAUAGAAAUUCAAAAUGGAACGAAAAUUAAUUAUUUCAUCCCCGUGAGGCAAAUGCAAAAUUGUGAGAGUUCAACGAGCGUGCCAACUCAUUCGUUUCAUCUCACGUUUCAUCAUAGUUUAAGGGUAGUGAAUUUUUGUAUUUGAAUCUAUCACUUGUAAAUACUUAUAAAUCUAAUAUUUAAUAUAACCAGAACUUCGUAGCGAUGACUGGAAUUUGAAAGCUAUUUUUUAUUUUCUACUACAAUUUCCGUUUUACCUAUGAUGAAUCGUUGUUUUCAUUUUCUCCUAAUUUUUAAGGAAGAUUUUACAUUUCAGCCAGUCUCGCAUAAUCGCAAUAAGGAACUUCUGACUUCUUUUAUAUAUGGUUUGUUAUUUGAUGUAAAGAAUGUUGAAAAAAAUAUUCUCUUUAUUAUAAAUGUUGUAAGAAUUUUUUGUUUAUUUUCGUAUUACUAACGCAUAAGCUUACCUCGUAAAUUAAAAUUAAACAUUUUUCUAUGAUAAUCAAUAGCAUUUGUUUAUUCUGAUGGCACCUUGUUAUAAAAUAUGAAGCAACACUAUGAGAAAAAAAAUAUACAAACAUAUAUAUACAUAUACCAUAAGUAUAAAAUUAUUUACGAAGUAGAACAAUAGCGCCUGCUGUGUAUCUCAAAAUAGUAUCAACCAUCCCUUAAAUUCUGUACAAACAGAACAAAUAAAUCGAUCUAUUUCUUUACCAUACUUGACAGAGGAGUUUUCAUAAUUUCGUAACUUGAAAAACGAAGGGUCAAUGUUUCAGUAAUUUUUUUUUGGUUUCAGGACAACUCGUUCAUAAUUUCGCCAUCGAAUUCCUCUCGAUAUUACUGUAUGUAUAUGCGGUCACACAACUCUAUGUUUCCAAUUUUUUCCGAUAAUAAUAACAUCGACUAUAAUCAGAUGGAAUUAUGAAUUUCCGAUAGAAAAGCAUUAAACUAAUUGUUGCAUAAACUCAAAUUAAAAAUUUACCUCAAUAUUCUCGCCCGUAUGUAAGAAAGUACAAUAUAAAUUGAAUGAAAAAUCAGUGACAAAAAAAAAGGAAAAUGAGAAUAAAGAUAGAGAAUUAUGUACAAUAAAUGACUGACUCCGUGAAAGCAGGUGUGCACUACAGGGAAGGGGAAAUAUGAAU